AUGCCGCGAUACGAUUUUGACGACCGCAACGCCGAGCGUGAGCCUCUCGACAAUGGCUACGGGUCUCAUGCACGAUCGCCCAACUCUCCGGAACACUACCAAGACCACCAGCAGCAGUACUAUAACGGACCACCCCCGAGCCAUCAGCAAUAUCACGAUUCGAGAGCACAGCAGUAUCCAGGCGGCCAUCCCGACACGAGCUUUGGUCGUAUGAGAGAGGAGCGAAGAAACGACCGCCAAGGUGUCCCACAGGCUGCAGUCGGAGCCAUUGGAGGUGCAGCUGCUGGAUACGGCGCCCACCAGGCUGGCUCCCACAUGGCUUCACCACAAGUCCCACCCCACCGCGAUUGGGCCCCCGGCGGUCACUCGCCGCCCCAACAGAGUAAUCUCAACCCGAACGUCACUCCUGGGGCGGACAACUUCAGUGAGGGUGCGUCAGGGGGGGUAGCUGGGAUUGCUUACAGUGUCGCCGAGCGUAACGCAAGGGAAAGCGGCGUCGACGCCAUGAGAAAUGUCGGCCAAGCACAGCCUCAACCCCGAGUGCCUUAUCCUUCUGCCCCUCCCCAAACUUAUAACCAACCUCACGACGAAAUAUACGAAAUGAGCAACGCUCCUCGUCCUUAUGCUAACAGCAACCGUACCUCUCACUCCAGCCUUACUGCACUCGGUGCCUCUGCCGCAUCACCGGCCAGACUGUCGCCCUCCUCAGCACCAUACGGCUAUAGCGAUUACUACAACGACAACCCAUAUUACCAAAGGAACGCAGACCAUCUUGGUGUCGUAGACCCCAACUCUAUAGCAGACGACGGCGACGACGGUUUGGAUUACAGACGUAGUAAAAGCGGACGCAACUCAAUGCUCAGCCUUUCGAAUAUCAGUGACCGCACAGGCAACAGCCGAGCGGGAGCUGCGGCUGGUGCUGGUGCUGGUGCUGCUGCAGGUGCUGCUGCCACUGGCCUCAUGGCCAGCGCCAAUCGGUCGGCCAACAGCAGCGGGUACUAUGAUCCCGUCAAAGGGACAGCCGCCGGCAGUAAUGUUGAUCUUGGUGCCCCCGUCGAGGCAAAGUCGGAAUGGCUCAAGUCAAGUGACAAGGGAAAGAAGAAACGGAAGUGGUUCGUUAUUAUCGGUCUCAUCGUCAUCUUGGCUGGUGCCAUUGUUGGCGGUCUUGCAGGUUGGCUAGUUCACAGGAACAAGGGAGACGGCGUCGGCAGUGGGGGCAGCUCAUCAAGCGGCGGCGGCGGCCAGUCGGCAGACGAUGACAAGAAUGAAAACGGGGACCUCAACAUCAACAGCAAGGAGAUCAAGGCGCUCAUGGGCAACAAGAAUCUGCACAAGGUCUUCCCCGGAAUGGACUAUACUCCCCUCAACACCCAAUACCCCGAGUGCAUCCACAACCCCCCUUCCCAGAACAACAUUACCCGUGACCUAGCAGUGCUCAGUCAACUCACCAACACCGUUCGCCUGUACGGUACCGACUGCAACCAGACCCAAAUGCUCAUCCACUCCAUUCAGCAAUUGAAGAUGGAAGGCACUGUCAAGAUUUGGAUGGGUGUGUGGCAGGACAAGAACACGACAACCAAUGCCCGUCAGCUGGAGCAGAUGUGGGAUAUCCUUGAUGAGUAUGGUGAGAAGCACUUUGAGGGUAUCAUUGUUGCGAACGAGAUCCUCUUCAGACAGGAAAUGACGGAAGCAACAUUGGGCACCCUGCUGCAGGAAGUGCGAACCAAUUUGACGGCGAAGAAGAUGAGCCUCCCGGUCGCCACAUCCGAUCUGGGUGACGACUGGACAUCAUCGUUGGCGUCAAAGAGCGACUACAUCAUGGCCAACAUCCACCCGUUCUUCGCGGGAGUCAAUGCCAAGGACGCCGCCAUGUGGACAUACGCUUUCUGGGAAAACAAGGCCAGCAGUUUCUUCAAGUCGGAUCUGAAGAAGAACGUUAUUGCGGAAGUCGGCUGGCCUAGCCAGGGAGGUAUGAACUGCGGUAACGGCCAAGCUACCGGCUGUCCCGCCGCGUCGGUCGCGGGCAUUAGCGAGAUGAACGAGCUUCUUGAUAAGUGGGUGUGCCCCGCUUUGACAAAUGGCACCAACUACUUUUGGUUCUCGGCUUUCGACGAGCCAUGGAAGAUUAGGUUCAACGAGAAGAACAAGGAGUGGGAAGACCAGUGGGGUCUGAUGGACGUGAACCGUAACCUCAAGCCGGGCGUCAAGAUCCCGGAUUGCGGCGGUAAGACGGUUUAA